AUGGCUCAGGUAAACUGCACCCAGGUGACAGAGUUCGUCCUUGUGGGGCUCACGGAGCGUCAGGAGUUGAAGAUGCCCCUCUUUGUGGUGUUCUUAUCCAUCUACCUUUGCACAGUCGCAGGCAACCUGGGUUUGAUCUUGGUCAUUCGAACAGAUGCAAGACUCAACACGCCCAUGUACUUCUUCCUCAGCAACCUGGCAUUUGUUGAUUUCUGUUACUCUUCUGUCAUCACACCCAAGAUGCUUGGGAAUUUCUUAUACAAACAAAAUGUGAUAUCCUUCAAUGCAUGUGCCGCUCAGCUAGGCUGCUUCUUGGCAUUCAUGACAGCUGAGUGCUUGCUGCUUGCUUCCAUGGCCUAUGACAGGUAUGUGGCCAUUUGUAACCCUCUGCUCUAUACGGUCACAAUGUCCCCAGGAAUAUGCUUUCAGCUUGUUGCUGUCCCCUAUAGCUAUAGCUUCCUAGUGGCAUUAUUUCAUGCCAUCCUUACCUUCCGACUCUGCUAUUGCCACUCUAACAUCAUCAAUCACUUCUAUUGUGAUGACAUGCCUCUCCUUAGGCUAACUUGCUCGGACACACACUCCAAACAGGUAUGGAUCUUUGCUUGUGCUGGUAUCAUGUUUGUUUCCUCUCUUCUCAUUGUCUUUGUCUCCUAUUUGUACAUUAUCUCUGCUAUCCUGAGGAUGCGGUCAGCUGAGGGAAGACGCAAAGCUUUCUCUACAUGUGGCUCCCACAUGAUGGCAGUGACCAUUUUCUAUGGGACUCUCAUCUUUAUGUACUUACAGCCCAGUUCUAACCAUUCUCUUGACACAGACAAGAUGGCCUCUGUCUUCUACACAGUCAUCAUCCCCAUGUUGAACCCCUUGAUCUACAGUCUCAGGAACAAAGAAGUAAAAGAUGCCCUAAAUAAAUUCAUCAUUAAUAGAAAUGAGGCUUUUAUGCUGAUGAAAUUAAGAAAUUGA